UGUUCAAAUUCAAUUCAACAUGUCCAGUGUAUUCAAAUCAUCUCAUCUAGAAAACCUCUACUUGUUAGCAGAGGUUAGCGUUCGCAGACUCGCUGAAGAGCGCGAGCUUGCCAAGUGUGAUCCAUCCUCUGUGUUUUAUGUGCCUCAAAAAUCAACCUCUUCUUCUUAUCACCAGUGCAAUUCAAGUGACCAUUUGAUGGAUUUCUCAUUCUCACCAUAUAAAUCUGAAUCUGAUGACGAUCAGUAUCAGAGUGCACCUCUCAACCUAAAAAUAUCUGCAGAACCAAUGCAGGAAGAUGUGGUUCAAGAGCCCGAACCUGAGCCAGAGCUCGACUCAGAAUCAGAGUCAGAACCUGAACCUGAACGACCGGUCACCAUAACAGAUCUUGAGUCAGAAUCAGAGUCUGAAUCUGAAUCUGAACGACCACUUACCAUAACUGAUGAAAUGUACGAGCAGGCCGUUGCAACUGCUCGUAAUGAUGGAUAUGAUGAAGGACGAGCAAGUUUCGCACCUGACUUGGAGUCUCUUGCUAAAAAACUAAAAAUUCCUCUUCGAGUGUUCCGUUCUAUUGAAUUUGUUAAUGGAGGCCAUGGAAUCAAGAAUCCAAUCCUUUCACAUGGAAAGCUUAAACCAGCUAUACAGCCAAGUUUGGAUGACCCCUUGAAGUGCCCAGUGUGUUCGCAACGCUUCGCCAAACCUCGAUGUCUUAAGCGUCAUCUUAAAAAUCAUUCAGACGUAAAAGAAUAUUUGUGUACAUUUUGUGGAAAAGGCUUUAAUGACACCUUUGAUCUCAAAAAACAUACCAGAACUCAUACAGGUGUUCGCCCAUACAAAUGUGACCAUUGUGAAAAAUCAUUUGCUCAACGAUGUUCCCUCGAAUCUCAUACUUUUAAAAUCCACGGUAUUUCGCAUUCUUAUGCAUACAGAGAAAGGAGGACAAAAUUGUACGUUUGCGAAGCGUGUGGAAACACUACCAAUAAACCAGAAACACAUUAUCUGCAUCUUAAAAAUAAUCAUCCUGAUUCUCCCGCUUUGGCUAAAGUCAACGACAGACGAUUUUUCAAGUUUGAUGAUCCUGAUUUCCCCUUUGCUGAAUGAAAAUAUCAAUUCCUUGCCCAAUUUACACCAACUUAUUUUUUUUGAUAGUGCCAUA